AUGAAGAGAACAAAAUGUCAAGCAAUAAUAAACAAUAUUCUAGGAGAAGCGGAAAAACAAGAUUUGUGUGCAGCUCUAAAGGAGCAAAAAUUCUCUGUCAUGAUUGAUGAAAGCACUGAUAUCGGAGCAGUAAAAACUAUGUGUGUUGUGGUCAGAUAUUACUGUGCACAAAAAGGUCAAAUUGUCAGCAGAUUUUGGGACCUAAUUCAUAUACAUGGCGAGGAAAACUCUGCUCCGGUAGCUACCGCCACAGCACAACAUCUUUUCGAAGCAGUAAUAAUAUCCUUCGAGGAAAAUUCUAUUCGUAUUGAAAAUAUUAUAGGAUUUGGAUCAGACGGGUGUAAUACUAUGAUGAACAACAAGCUUUGGAUGACCAAUGGAGAAAAUUGCCAAAGUCAAAAGGAAAUUUCGAUGCUGCAAUACGGCCUGAUGAAUUCUGGCACAAGUGGUUCUCCACACUCUGCACAGUCUCCAUCAGCUUUGAGGGACGAAGAAGUGAUAAUUUUUAUUUCAUCGCCCGUUCAUACAUCCCAUCAAACAGGAUCACUUUCACCAGCAGCAUCUUCAAGUUCUCUUGCAUCUGCUCAGGAAACAACUGACAAACCAAAGUCUGCUGGUGCUACUUUGUUGGAGUAUGUGUUAAAGAAAAAUCAAAAUAACACUGUAGAGGAACAUCCUAUUGACAAGUUUCUGCAUGGUAUUGCUCCCACUCUUAAAAAUCUUACACCGUAUUAUCAAAACUUAGCUAAGACUGACAUAUUUAAUAUUGUACAAACGUAUGAAAUAAACAUGUUUGAGCGACAUACGGAAUUACAAAAUGUUGAAAAUGAUGUACAAAUAAUUUUUGAGACAAGUACCCCAUCUGCCAGCACAGAACGUAAUUUACAAGUGCAAGAAGAACUACCAGAAAUUACACAUCCAAGUCCAUUUACAUCUACAAGUGCCCCAACGAGUAUGCAAGAAGAAUCAGCAGAGACUGAAACUUUAUCCGAGAGUAUUCUGAAUCCUACAAAUAAUCAAAAUUCUUCUAAGGAUAAAGAAAACAAAAAUGUACAUGAAGAUGACUCCACCUUAGCACAGUACGUUUCCGAAUUUCAAGCCUAA